AUGUUUGCCCGCUUCUCCGCUCUUUCCGCUCUUUCUAUCCUCGCCGUCGCUAUGGUCGCCUCGGCGGGACCUGUCGCCGACUACGGCAAAUCUCCUGUUGCCUACGACCCCAAGUCGGACUACAAGCCCGAGUACGCGCCCAAGGAGUAUUCCAAGGGCGACUACGGCAAGGACGACUAUGGCAAAGACAACUACGGCAAGGACAACUACGGCAAAGACAAGUACGGCAAGGAUGUGUACGGCAAGGACGAGUACGGCAGGGAUCGCGACGGCUACGAUGAUCACGGCCGCGACCACUACGGCCAAGAUCGCUACGGCCACGACGACUACGACCCCGACCACCGCGGCCACGGAGAUUUCGACGGGGACCGCUAUGGCCAGGACGACUACGACCCCGACCACGACGACUACGACAAUGAUGGGUACUCGAAUGACUACGAGAGCCAGUGCAACAGUGGUCCCAUUCAGUGCUGCAACACCGUCGAGGAUGCUUCCUCUGAUGCCGCUGCCAAGGCUCUCGGUCUCCUUGGACUCGUCAUCCAGGGUCUCAACGUACCUAUCGGCUUGGAUUGCACCCCGAUCUCAGCCGGGGCUGCGUUCGGUUCUGGGUCCAACUGUGCGUCACAACCUGUGUGCUGCGAUAAGGUCGAAGAAGGCGGCAUUGCGGUUGGCUGCAAUCCUAUCAACGUCGUUGUUUGA